AAAAAACAUCCAGAAACUGUAUCAGAGCUUUGUUAUCAUCACACUGUCAAAGCCACCACUCUCUCAUACCUCCUGAAAUGGAAAUUCACAGCUGACUUAAAAACUCCUUCCACAGUCUGUCUGGGGCUGUCACAAAUCAAACCCGUUUCAAUGAAUGCCCACAGUCAACUUGUCAGGUCAGGGCCCUCCUCUCCCCUCCCUCCCCUUCUCUCUGAACACUGGGUGACGCUGUUUUACGCGCGCACACACACACACACACACACACACAGCCAUCGCAGAACCCGAAUCCCGUAUGAGGUGGAAGUUUUUUUCCUCUCUCCACGUUCAGUAAUCUGACACCCCCCCCCAAAAAAAAAAAAAAAAAAAGACUCGGCAGUGGAAGGAUGGACCCUUAACUCGGCUGGAAGGACGGAAGGAAGGAGCAGUCAUCCCAACGAGCGCAAACGAGGUGGACCCGAGCAGAAGCGGAAAAAACGCUGUGCGCAAAAUAAAAAAAAAAAUACAGAAACAACCCCGUGGCUGCGGCACUGGAGGAGAGCUGGGUUUCGCCUGCGCGUUUCUCCCCCCUCCAAAAAAGAAAUAUCACUGGCCGCCCGACUCAAAUGAUCUCAAGGCGACAAGUUUCACUUUCCACAGGCGGAUGGGUGACUUUCCACGGCGCUUUGUGAGGAGUAGAUGAUGAAGAAUUUCAGCAGCAGUCCCCUUAACAGCAACAGCCCGACUCCCAACCACAUCAGAGAGCGAAACAACAGAAAGUACAGCUUACUCUCUGCCGUGCCGUUGCGAUUCUCCCUGCGAGGUUAUGGUUUCUGCAUGGCUACGCUGUUCUUCUUCUGUUUCGGCUCCCUCUUUUACCAGUUGAACGGAGGACCCCCUAAAAUCCUGCUGGACAUCCGACAGUAUCUCGGGGUGUAUGGGAAAAAUCACUGGUCAGUCAAAAUGGCCACCGCCAGGCUGUUUACCCAUAAGGACAGGCUAGCGAGACAGCUGGUGUCGUGCCCACAUAUCCACAGGCCGAGACGAGGUGAAUCCACGUAUCUGGAUGACCACGGACCUCCUGCUCCGAGAGUGCUCCCGUUCCCCAGCCAGGUGGUUUACAACCGUGUGGGGAAGUGCGGCAGCCGGACGGUGGUCAUCCUGCUGAGACUGCUGGCCGAGAAGCACCAGUUCAACCUGGUCUCCUCAGACAUCCACAAUAAAACGCGCCUCACCAAACAUGAACAGGUGGAUCUCAUGAAAAACAUCAGCAAUAUUCCUCAGCCAUUCCUUUACACGCGGCACGUCCACUUCCUCAACUUUACCAGGUUCAGGAUAGAGCAACCCGUCUAUAUCAACAUAAUCCGAGACCCCAUCAACCGGUUCCUCUCCAACUACUUCUUCCGCCGCUUCGGUGACUGGAGGGGCGAGCAGAACCACCUCAUCCGCACGCCGGGGAUGAAAGACGACGAGAGAUACUUGGAUAUCAACGUGUGCAUUCUAGAGAACUACCCGGAGUGCUCCAACCCCAGAGUCUUCUACAUCAUUCCCUACUUCUGCGGACAGCAUCCUCAAUGCAGGGAGCCGGGAGUAUGGGCUCUGGAGAGGGCCAAGCAGAACGUGCUGGAGAACUACCUCCUCGUUGGUAUCCUGGAGGAGCUGGAGGAUGUUUUGCUCCUGUUGGAGAGGCUCUUACCUCAUUACUUUACUGGAGUACUCAACAUCUACAAGAGCCCUGACUACAGGAAGAUGGGGAACAUGACAGGCACAGUACGCAAGCACACGCCCACUCUGGAGGCCCUGCAGGUGCUGUACCACCGCAUGCGCUACGAGUACGAGUUCUACAACUUCAUCCGCGACCAGUUCCACCUCAUGAAGAAGAAGAUUGGCCUCAAAUCCGUCUCGCAGCCCACCGCCUACUCGCCUGCUUUCCUGCGAGAGCUGGCCCUCCGAACCCCGGAGCCUCUGGAUGAAGACGAAGAGCUGGACACAGACCUGGAGGAUGCCAACAGCUGGCUGGUCCAUCCCUAGGGGCUUUCUGACGAACAGCGGAUCAAGCCAAACAAAAGCUGAUUGGCUGGAAUUGGCUGGAGGUAGCUGGAGACAGCCUGACGGCGAAGGGGAGCAUUUCCCCCACCUUCCAGCGUUCCUAAGAGAAAUGAGGUGUGUUUAGGGGUGUGCGGAUCCUGACCCUCAUGUUUGUACAGGCUCUGUUUUCCAUCUGCAGUGGACUCCUAUCGUUACAGGCUCAGCACUGAGGACUAAAGGGGUUGAGUAAUUGGAAGGACGAAAUGCUCUAUUUAAAAAUUGACCAAGGACAAUGGGAAAUAAUGCUAAACUCCAUUUGCGUGACUCAAGUUUUCAUCUUAAUUUGAGCUUGUUUUUGGGUUUGUUUAUGUUAUUGAAAAAAUAAAAAAUCCAUCAUUGUUGUAAUCUCCAGGAGAGAUCAAUGCAGAAUGUGGAUAGCUAAACGUGUUGGGAAAUAUUUUAAAUGUUGGCAAGCAGAGGAGACAUUGCCCAAGAGAGAGUCUUAUACUUUAUGAAUGGGUUAAUGUCCCCAAAAGAGAAAAAGCUGGAAUGGGAAAUGGUAUCCAAUGAGUUUCAAAAAGUACCAAAACCCUUUUUUUUUGUAUAUUAGUUGUUUAGGACUGUCAUAAGUGCCAAACCUCGCCAAGAAUUCUGAUUACUGACAGGAAGCUCCGUGCACAGCCGGUGGAGUUGUGACGUAGUCGCGUCAGCUGUUCUAGUAUUGGUUUAUAACAUUUUGUUUAACUUGUGAGAUAUUAGUAGGUAUAAAUGAGGGUCAAACAGUGAGCACUCAAUUAUGAAUUCAGAGAAUUCCAACUGUGUGUGCAUGAAUGAUUGAGUUUGACCAAAAAAGCCAGCGGCGUGUUUUUAGCGUAGAUUUGUUAUUUGGAGCAUUUGUUGAGACUUAAAGGGCUGGAUUUUAUUUUAAAGUCAAACACAAUAAAAAGAAGGAAAAAAAGCAUACUGUAUAUGGAGCGCAAUUUGUUUUAAUCCAAAGUUGAAAAAGAUUGAGUUUGCCAAAUACCAAUGUUUUUUGUUUGUUUGUUUUUUUUUUUUUUUUACUGCAAAAACUGUACAAAUAUUCUGCACUUUUUUUCCUGAAAUUCUGCAGCAAAAUGAGGGGAUUUGGUCACUAAACUGGAUACCGAUUUGUAUUUUGAUUUCUAACGGGAUCAUGUUCCUGUCUAAGGGUUUGGUGUUUCUCUCCUCGAGAAUGCUAUCAUGUUAAGUGUGAAGUGUUAACAGCUAACACUAAUGUCUCCAGCAGCUAUUCGGAGUGCGUGUUUAUCAUCACUCGUGAAAAAAAAAAAAAAAAAAAAAAAACAUCCAGAGAACAGUAACCAUAAGCUAUAUGUGACUGUCAUCUGCGAAGUAUCGCUCUACCAUCCUAAUCUCCAUUGUCUUUACCUUUUUCAUUGUGUUCAGUGUUUGCUUUUUUUUGCCAGUUUAAUUUAUUAUUUUGUAUUCAUUUGCAUUCCAAUUAAGAUUCUCAGGAAGGAAAAAAGACAAAAAAAGUUUGAUAACAUUUGUGUCUUUUCGGUUUCUUGGCGGCUAUGAAACUAUUCCUGGCAUUUUUAAGGGUGUCCGGGAUGGGUUUAUAACUGUUUAACAGCAACUAAUGCAGUCCAUCAUUUUACAGUCUUCACAAUAAAUGUCCUCUAACUAUUGCA